AACCCCGUUUCUCCGACUCUUUUCAGAUGAGUCACCUGUAUCGCAUCUUCAGCCAGGAGGUGACGAGGUACUGCGCUGACUCGGCCAUGCCCGAUUGCAAUAAAAAUCUGUUGAUCACGGGACUGAAGAAUCUGGCCAACAUCAACGACGACAAACUUGACGAGAUGGACCCGUAUCAACGCGGCGCCAAAGACAUCAUAUGGCACGCCAUGGUCGGCAAUGGAAGGCAGAUGGCUUCGCGCCUUGGUCAGCACUCCUUCCACGCCACGGACGCUGAUCCCCUAGCCGUCGGAGACAACGAGCUGCCGCAGGAGACCGCCGCGAGCCAUGACUAUGUGCACCCCUCGGAGCACAGCGGGCCCUAUCUGAUGGGCCCGAUGGUGAUCCGCGUGUACCCGGACGGGCGACCGGUGCCGAGCGACGCUCAGCGACCGUUACCCAAGGACGAGGACAUCGAGGAUAUUCGCCAUGACGUCCGAAUUCCCUUGAUCGGGGAGCUCGAGGUGCCGAGGAAGAGCCCCAAGGAUGCCUAUAAGCCGACAAGAGAGAUGCUACCCCCGAGGGAGGUCGAGCAACGGGCGUUCUUCGGCCCCUAUCAGCGCUACGGUACGGGCCCGAGAUUCUACACGCGCCUCGCUAGGCCCGGCGGCGGCAAUAGUCUCCUCGUGCGCGAGAGGAUCUACUGA